UUUUACCGACUCAAGUGUCUAAAUGACAUUUCGCCAGUUACAAAUUGUAAUGUCUCAUAUAUAACACACUAGGGAUAUAAUGCAAUUUUAGGCUCCGAUAACGGAUAUCUAAUGGAGCACGUUGUCAGAGGGAAAUUCGGGCGAAUUGUGUUCAGCACUUACUCGCACAAUCCCCUUAAGUAUGGGCCGCAGAAGUGUUGUCAGCGGGGCGUUUGCACUCUGUGGGGUGGCAGAACGUUGGACAGGGCCAGACCUCUAUUACACCAACAGUACAAAUACCAAAGAAGGGAAUAUGGAAUGUUGGUUGUGAGGGCACUUAGGGGGGUGUUGAAGAUACGAUAUUUACUGCUGGGAGGGGCAGUAGCUGGUGGUGGAGCUUUGAACAAGAAAUACAAUGAAUGGAAGGAUGGACUACCAGAUUUAAAGUGGUUGGAUGAUGUCUUACCAGACACAGAAAAAUUCCAGGAAUGGAGAGUGAAUUUAAUUGAUUUUAAAGACUCUGUCAAGGAUAAUAUACAAAUUGAUCCCAGACUUAAAGCUUUGUCUGAGGCAAAGUACAAUCAAUUUAGGAACUGGUUUGACACUAGAUUAGAUAAUGCCAUUGCAGCAGCUGAAAAACACAAUAAUAAAUUACCAGAACCAGUUGAGGGUGUUUUCGCUACCCUUUCGGAUUAUGUAGACAGAAUGUACUCAGUAAUUUCAGAGGCUAAACAGGACUUAAAAGACAAAACAGUGGUUUAUGCCAGACCGUUUGCGCAGGAAUCAAACGAGGAGAAACUCAGAAGGGACACCCAAACAAGACUCAAUAACAUUCAGGAUGAAAUGAUGCAAACCCAAAUUAAAUAUCAGAAAGAACUGGAACGGUUAGAGAAGGAGAACAAGGAACUGCGCAAGCAGAAUUUGUUGUUGAAACAAGGUCGCAAACCCAGCACUAGAAAGGUGAAAAGGAGCCUCAUCGACAUGUACAGCGAAGUACUGGACGAACUGGCCGACUUCGACAGCGGUUACAACACGCAAGACCAGUUGCCUCGAGUUGUGGUGGUCGGUGAUCAAAGCAGCGGCAAAACGUCGGUGCUGGAGAUGAUUGCCCAGGCCAGAAUCUUCCCCAGAGGGGCUGGAGAAAUGAUGACAAGGGCACCAGUAAAAGUCACUUUAUCUGAAGGACCUUAUCAUGUGGCUCAAUUCAGGGACUCCUCAAGGGAAUUUGACUUGACCAAGGAGUCGGAUUUGGCCGAUUUGCGGAGAGAAGUCGAGUUGAGGAUGAGGAACAGCGUGAAAGGCGGGAAAACCGUUUCAAGUGAAGUCAUAUCAAUGACUGUAAAAGGGCCAGGACUUCAAAGAAUGGUUCUUGUUGAUCUCCCUGGAAUUAUAUCAACUGUAACAACUGACAUGGCUGCAGAUACUCGCGAGAGCAUAAAACUGAUGACUCAGACUUACAUGAACAAUCCCAAUGCAAUAAUUUUGUGUAUACAAGAUGGUGCUGUGGAUGCUGAAAGAAGUAAUGUAACUGAUUUGGUGGCUAGUUGUGAUCCCAAUGGUAAAAGAACAAUUUUCGUGUUAACAAAAGUGGACAUGGCUGAACAAAACCUGGCUGAUCCCAACAGAAUAAGAAAAAUUCUCUCAGGUAAACUGUUCCCAAUGAAAGCCUUGGGAUAUUUUGCUGUGGUCACUGGAAGGGGCAGGAAAGAAGACUCAAUUCAAACCAUCAAGGAUUAUGAGGAAGAUUUCUUCAGGAGCUCCAAAUUAUUUAAGGAUGGCGUGAUCAAAUCAACGCAGGUGACGACCAGAAACCUGAGUCUGGCGGUCGCCGACUGCUUCUGGAAAAUGGUCCGAGAAACUGUGGAACAACAGGCGGACGCCUUCAAAGCUAGACGCUUCAAUCUGGAGUCCGAGUGGAAGAACAACUUCCCGCGUCUCAGAGAACAGGAUCGGGACGAGCUGUUCGACCGAGCACGGGCGGAAAUCCUCGACGAGAUCGUCAACCUAUCCCAAGUCAGUCCGAAACAGUGGGACGAACGGUUGAUGAACAAGAUCUGGGAGAAAGUUUCGGACCACGUGUUCGAGAACAUUUACUUGCCGGCUGCUCAAACGGGCAGUGCGGAGACGUUCAACACCGCCGUUGAUAUUAAACUAAGACAGUGGGCUCAGAAUGAAUUGCCUGCCCAGUCCGUUGAAUCGGGCUGGGAAAGCCUACGAACUGAGUUUGAGCAGUUCAUGAAGAAAGCCGCUUCAGCACCCAAUCACGACGAUCUGUUUGAUCAGUUGAAGGAGGCUGUUGUCACUGAGGCUAUGCGCCGGCAUUCCUGGGAGGACAAGGCGUCGGAAAUGCUCAGAGUUAUUCAAUUGAACGCUUUGGAAGAUAGGACAAUUGUUGAUAAAAGGGAUUGGGAUGCAGCAGUUAAAUUCCUGGAGUCCAGUCUCAAGGAGAAGCUGAAAGGUAGUGAGUUGUAUCUGAAACAACUGUUGGGGCCUUCCCUGAAAGAGAGGUGGUUGUACUGGAAGGGUCAAUCGGAAACAGAGGUGAAACGACACGCUGUUAAAGGAGAAUUGGAUAAGGUUCUUUACUCAAAUGAUAAACAUCCUCCAACAUUAACCUAUGAUGAACUGACUACAAUUAAAAACAAUUUGAAACGCACCAACGUUGAUGUAGACGCCGAUUUUAUCAGGGAGGUCUGGCAUGCUGUUUAUAGGAGACAUUUCUUAAACAACUCCCUAAUAAGGACUUACGAUUGUCGGAAGUCUUAUUAUUUGUACCACCAGCAGUUGGAUGUUGACUGUGCUGAUGUUGUUCUAUUCCACAGAAUACAACAAAUGAUGAAAGUCACUUCAAAUGCUCUUAGACAACAAAUUACCAAUAGAGAAGCAAGGAGACUUGAUAAAGAAAUCAAGGAAGUCUUAGAAGAUUAUGGUCAAGAUAAUGACAAAAAAGUUAAGUUAUUGACGGGUAGAAGAGUUACAUUAGCAGAAGAAUUAAAACGUGUGAGACAGAUUCAAGAAAAACUGGAAGAAUUUAUACAAGCACUAAACAAAGAAAAAUAAUCUAGUCUUAUUUAAUUUAGGCGUCAACUUAUUUUAAUAACUUCUUUAUUUUAAUUAUGCUCUUUUUAAACUAAAACAUAUACAACUGUUUACUUGUUACAUAUACAAACUUUUAAAAAUAUUAUUGGGCUUUAUUAUUUGGUAAUUAUUUAUGAAUUGCAACAGAUCAAUGACAAAUGAUACUACUGUUAAAAAGGAGAUUUAUUGCAGUUCAAAUUCAUAUAAAUAAAUUGUUGUUAUACCUG